ACAUACCUACCUAAUUUUAAUUAUUCAAGUGUUUAAAGCUUAGAUAAUAAUACCUAAGUACCUACGAUGUAUUUCUCUACAAUUUUCUGUUGCAUUUUAGUAACGGCCAUAGAGGAAGUGCUUAUGAUCAUAACUAGUGAAUUAUUUACGAUACGAACAGAAGGGUGUACCAUACCCGGUUUUUCUAAAGUGACUGAUAGUAUAAAAAUGAUAGUUGCUGCUCCGCCCCUAACUCGUAACUGUAGUACGCCUGAAAAGCUCGUCAGAGCAAAUAUAUCCCACAUCUGGGUGGCGCAUGAAGUUAUCUAUUCUUACAACGUUUUUAGAGAAGACACGUUUUACUGUUGUUAUAAAAAUUUCUCUUCUUCAACCAACAUAGAAAACAUAAUGUAUAGUGAAUGCAAAGAAUUUUUAAAUGUUAUAAAAGCGGAACACGAAUUUGUGCAAAUUGAAUGCUAUCACCUAGAUGAAGUAAUUUACACAGAUUUUUUCUUAUUUGAUUUCCAUGAAGAGAUCAACACCUCGCAAACCGACAGCUCUCUUGACAAUAAUUCUCACAGUCAAGAACCAUUUAAUGUCCUUAUACUUGGUAUUGAAAGCAUGUCUCGACUUAAUUUUCAUCGUACUAUGCCUAAGACGACACGUUUUCUAAAGGAAAGAGGUGCUGUAGAGUUACAUGGCUAUAACAAAUUAGGUGACAACUCACUUCCCAAUUUAUUUCCUCUUCUUUCGGGAUUCUCAUAUAAAUAUGUAAAGCAAACAUGCAUCCAAAAUAACAUAUUUAAUGUUGAUAAAUGUGCCCUUAUAUGGGAUAGCUUUAAAGAGAAAGGAUUUCACACUGCUUUAGGCUCUGAUAGUAUAGCUGGCCUAUUAGGCAACUACGAAUAUACUUUGCCAAGGAUACCGACUGACUCAUAUUUACAACCAUUUAUAUUCGAAACUAGAAAGUUAUUUAAAAACCAGCAGUACAACUUUCACCCAUGCAUGGGCUCGAAAUAUUUUUACAGAAUAUUGUUAGAUUAUAUUUAUGAAUUAGCUCAACAUUUGAUCUUGCAUAAAUUCUUUGGUAUCUUUUGGGAAGAAUCGAUAAGUCAUGAAGACCUUAACAGCCCCCAUAUCAUGGACGAUUCCUAUGUAAACUUUUUGAGUAAAUUACAUAAAAAUGAUUAUUUGAAUCGAACUGUACUUAUAAUCCUAAGCGACCAUGGCAUGAGAUGGGGUAAAAUAGUUGAAACAGAACAAGGUCGAUUGGAAGAACGUUUGCCAUUACUGAAUGUACUUUUUCCAGAACAGUUUAAACAGCGUUAUAAACUAGCUUUUCGUAAUAUACAACAUAAUGUUCACCGAUUAACUACUCCAUAUGAUAUUCAUGAAACAUUGCUAGACUUGAUAAAUCUAAAUUCACUAGAUGAUUCCAAAAUCAAACAGAGAAGUAGUGCUCCUAGUUCGAACAAAUCGAGUCUUUUUGUUCCUAUAUCUGCCAUAAGAAGUUGUUCAUCAAUUGGUAUUGAAGAACAUUGGUGUGCAUGUCGUCGAGGGGAGAAAAUUAAAGUAGGAAACAACAUCAAGACAAUGGCUGCAACUAAUCUCGUCGUGCAAAUCAAUAAGCUGUUAAAAAAAUAUCCGCAAUGUCAUAAACUGACCCUUAGUUACAUUUAUGACGUGUAUUUAGUAGAAAAUAAUGGGAAUUGGCGAAUUUACACAGUGAUGGUAAAAACUGAGCCUGGAGGAGGAAUUCUUGAUGGUACUCUUACCCAGGAUAAGUCGCGGUGGCUCAUCUCUGGCACAGUUAGCCGAUUGAAUCUUUAUCGAAAUCAAAGUGACUGCGUUGAAAACGAGGACAUUAAACUGUAUUGCUAUUGUGGCUAA